AUGGGUGACCACGCUACCCCCGAAGCUCCCGUCCACCCUCCUCCGGGAGAGCGCUCGCGCGAGGAAGGCCGAGAGCUGAAGCUGCUUCACUUUAUCUACAGCCACCCCAGCCGGGAGGAAGUCCAAGGCAAGCCGGACAAGGUUCUGGACCUGAUCGAGGAGUUCGGGAAGAAGUACCACUUCAUGAACAUCGGCCGCGACAAGGGCAAGUUCAUCACCGAUAUCAUCGAGGAGCAGAAGCCCCAGACGAUGAUCGAGCUGGGCGGCUAUGUGGGCUAUUCCGCCAUCCUGUUCGGUGACGCCGUCCGCCGGGCCGGUGGAAAGCGGUACUAUAGUCUAGAGCUGAACCCGGAGUUUGCGGCCAUCUCCAACAUGCUGCUGGACCUGGCGGGCUUGCGCGACUUCGUGCAGAUCAUUGUCGGGCGCAGCGACCUGGCCCUCCACAAGCUGCUGACCGGCGGGGAGGUCGACCAGGUCGAGAUCCUGUUCAUUGACCACUAUAAGCCCGCGUACACCACCGACCUGAAGCUCGCCGAGCAGCUGGGCAAGAUCGUGCCCGGGGUGUCGGUGGUGAUCGCCGACAACGUGCUGUACCCGGGCAACCCGCCGUAUCUGGAAUAUGUCCGCAGCACGGUGGAGCAGAAGCGCGAGGAGGCCAAGAAGGGGCCCGUCCAGAGCUUCGACACGACCGGCCUGGCCCCGAGAUCGGUCAAGUCCUUCCUGGGCGAGGACGCCAAACCGGCCUUCGAAGUGACUGGAAACCCGAACUUGGUGUAUGAGAGCAAGCUGGUGAAGCCGGAAACCACUCGGGAUGCCAUUGAGGUGACGCGGUGUGUGGGAAUCCAGGAGUAGAUAUCUAGCUGUCUCACUCUCAUGGUGCCAGGCCCAG